AUGAAGUCCCCUCAGCCGGGCCCAGUUUACCUGGAAGACAAUAUCCCCUACGAUUACAUCGUGAUCAUAGACUCAGGCUCCAGUGGGUCAAGGGUCUAUGUCUACAACUGGCUCAACCCGCUUGCGGUGCUCAACAAGUCCGGCGACUUUACCGAGAUGCCCAAGCCUAACGUACGUCUUGUUCACAGAGAAGAUGUAAAAAACACAGAAGAAGGCGAAAAGACAGAAGAAGCCUCUAAUCCGGAUUCACAGCUGGACAAAUCGACUCGAAAAUUGCGGGUUCCCAAAGUCCAAACCCGCCAUAAAUGGAACAAAAAGAUCAAACCCGGUCUCUCCACUUUCAGUUCCAGUCCCCAGAAGGUCGGGAAACACCACUUGCGGUAUCUUCUUCAACUAGCGAGCUAUGUCGUUCCCAAAUCGCAGCAUCAUCGAACACCCAUUUUUCUACAUUCCACGGCUGGAAUGAGACUUUUGGACUUGAAGGAUCAACGAGUCAUCUUGGAUACCAUCUGCGACUACUUGACUCGAAACUCGGACUUUUAUCUCCCAGAAUGCCCAAAUCACGUCAACGUUAUCGACGGAGAUGUCGAAGGUCUUUACGGCUGGUUGGCUGUCAAUUACCUCCAAGGUUCUAUGGACCACCCGGAAGAACACCAGCACGGCAAGGGUCACACAACCUAUGGUCUUUUGGACAUGGGGGGAGCAUCGACCCAGGUUGUUUUCCAGCCAAAUUCAACAGAAAUUGAAGAACACAAAAAUAAUCUCUUCCGCAUAAAUCUCUACGAGUUGCCGACAAAAAUGGACAAUUCGUACCAAAAACCAGAGCCUUUAGAGUACAAUGUAUACUCGGAUUCCUUUCUUGGUUUUGGAAUGUAUCAGGCUCAUACCAGAUACCUCAAGAAGCUCACUGAGGCAUUUGCCAAAGAACAUAAUGUUGAGCCCAAGUUUCUUUCCAUGCCUGUUCCUGAUCCCUGUGUUCCAAAGGGAUAUACUUACCCGGCUACUUUGAACGAAGGCUCUUUUGAUCUCAUUGGUUCGAGUGAUUUCCAGGGCUGUCUUAAAGCGAUCUUUUCUGUCAUUUCUGACAAAGACUACACUCCAAAAGUGGGAAAUGCAAACUGUGAACAACUUAGUGAGAGCAGCAUGGUCAGCUCGUGUCUACUCAACGACCUUAUCCCAGCUUUUGACUUCGAUGUAAACCACUUUGUUGGAGUUUCUGGUUACUGGGACGCAAUCAACAGUUUAUAUUCCUACGAGAAAGAAAAGCGCCUGGGGCUCAAGUACGACUACAGGCGAAUCUACAAGCAGACGUCUACGUUGUGCUCACUGACGUUUGCAGACUUGAAACUUAGAAGCAAAACGAAAGGAAAGGGCCAAUUAGACGAAAGCGACUUGGCAAAUCUCUGUUUCAAGUCGUCGUGGAUUUUGAACUUUCUCCAUCAAAGUCUUGGGUUUCCACGCUUUGGUAUUGAUUCGGAGCCCAAGAAGCCAGACAGGUUCCAGUCGUUGCAGUUGGUGGACAAGGUGGGUGGACUGCCUUUUUCGUGGACGCUAGGAAGAGCCAUUUUGUAUGCGAACGACGAGUACGUUCAAGCUUACAACAACUUUACACUUUCUCGACUUGGGACAGAAGAAACCUCUCUAUUAAAACGACCUGGCUUUUACCACUCUGUAUCGCCAAAUGCUUACAAUUAUGGAGGAGAACAAAAGGGCGUAAUUCCUCGACUGCAGUUUCAGGAACCGGAUCCCAAUGCCAAGUACCAUCAUUAUGACUACGAGACGAGUCUCAACGCUGGCAUUGGAGAACUGAAAUGGCAUGUCCAGCCACAUAGGUGGUAUGGUGCGCUUAUCUUUAUGAGCUUGGUUUUGUUCAUCAUUUGGCUCAUGAUGGGUCGCAAUGUAAGAAGUGAUUUGAAGCAAAAAGUGUCUAAGAAAUUGAAAAGUUUGGCAUUUUGGAGAAAGAUAGAUGACGGGAAUUACUCUCGUGUGAACCAAGAGGAGGUUGCUGGAUUCGAACUUAGGGACUUGGAGGACGAGGUAUGA